UUCCACAGACACUCUGGGCGGCACACAAAUAUGACGUAGGCUUGAUCAACAACUGCCAACCGGUCGUCAUCACUCCACGUUCUGACUUCCGCCCCCACAAACAUCAGUACCCCCUGCGACAAGAGGCCAUUGACGGUAUCACACCUGUAUUCAAUUCGCUCCUGGAGGCAGGAGUGAUAGUUCCAUGUCCAGACUCACCGGUCAGGACGCCAAUAUUUCCAGAAAAAAAAAUCAGAGAUGCUGGCAAGCCUACAGAAUGGCGUUUCGUGCAGGACCUAAAAGCAGUAAAUGCGGCCGUUCAUGCGCGGGCACCAAAUGUUCCUAAUCCUUACACAAUCCUAGCUCAGAUUCCUCCUGAAGCUAAAUGGUUUUCUGUUGUUGACCUGUCGAAUGCUUUUUUCAGCGUGCCAGUCGACAAAGACAGUCAAUUUUGGUUUGCAUUCAACUUCAACGGAAAGCCAUACACUUUCACCCGUUUGUGUCAAGGCUAUACCGAAUCACCCACAAUCUACAAUGAUGCGCUCAGAGAAAGCUUGGAGAGCUUAACGCUCUCUCCCGGCUCUGCACUUCUGCAGUAUGUUGACGACUGUUUGAUUGCAGCUCCAAAUCAGACACAGUGUCAGACAGACACGCUUAAACUACUCAAACAUUUAGCGAAGGAAGGCCACAAGGCCAGCCUUUCUAAAUUACAAUUUGUGUCUCAAAAUGUGCAUUUCCUGGGUCAUGACAUAUCUGGAGAAGGGCUGCAUGACUUCCGUGCUGCUACAAUCCCAUGGUGAUAAACUCCGCCCGGUGGCGUACUUCUCCGCAAAACUCGACCCUGUCGCUGCAGGACUGCCACAAUGUUUGCGCGCUGUGGCCGCGGCUGAAAAGGCGCUCACUGCCUCACGUGACAUAGUGGGUUACGCACCACUCACUCUUCUCGUUCCGCACGCGGUUUCUUUGAUUCUCCUCGAACAGAAAUCAUCUCACCUCUCUGCGGCUCGCUAUUUGCGUUACCACACGUGUCUCCUGGACAUGCCGAAUGUCACUAUAAAACGUUGUACUAACCUUAACCCGGCAUCAUUACUUCCUAUUCCUGGGGAUGGGGAGGACCACAACUGUUUGGCUGAGCUCCAAGCUCAGUGCACUCACCGCCCUGACCUAGUGGACACUCCACUAACUAACAGCGACAUGGUAAUGUAUGUGGAUGGAUCCGCCUCCCGCGAUCCUCAGUCUGGUGAAAAUCGUGUUGGUUUUGCUGUUGUUUCUGACUCUGGUGUGCUGUGUUCAGGUCCUCUGCCAUGUCACCUCUCAGCCCAGGCAGCCGAGCUCAUCGCUCUGACCGAGGCCUGUAAACUGGCUAAGGGUAAAACAGUCACAGUUCACACUGACUCUCGCUAUGCGUUUGGUGUAGUACAUGAUUUUGGGGUGCUGUGGAAACACAGGAACUUCCUUAAAUCGGACGGUAAGCCCAUCCUACACCACACUCUCAUUGCUGAACUGUUGGAAUCCAUCUUGCUACCCACAGCUAUUGCUGUCUGUAAAUGUGCUGCCCACACGUCCAAUACGGAUGAUGUAUCACAGGAAAAUGCUCGAGCAGACUCGGCUGCAAAAGCUGCUGCUCUGCUUCCGCUUCCCACUACCUGUGCUCUCGUGUGCUCUGAGGAGUCAGUUCCCUCCUCUCUUACAGCGAUGCAGUCACUCUCUACCCCUGAUGGAAGACGGCUUUGGUCCACAUCUGGCUGUGUUUACACCAACGGUAUCUGGACUGGACCCGAGGGCAAGCCGUGUUUACCUAAACACUAUUUUGCUCAUUAUGCUAAGUUGACUCAUGGUUUAGACCACGUGUCAAAAGGGGGAAUGUUACGUGCACUUAAUGAGACGUGGUUUACAAAAGGGUUCACAGCAUAUGCACAAAAAUUCUGUUCUGCAUGUGUCACCUGUUCUACUCACAAUGUAGGCAGGCCCGUGGGCAUGUCCAGCCAGGCUGCACACCCACCACCAACCCGCCCAUUUGAGCACAUUAUGAUGGAUUUUGUGGAGUUGUCUCCAUCUGAAGGUUGCAGCCGCCCUCCCAAAACCAGCUGAAGGACCACUCCACAAGCUGAAACCUGGUGACUUUGUGGUGGUGAAAGACUUCAGGAGAAAAAAAUGGAAAGCACGACGCUGGCAGGGACCAUUCCAGAUCCUCC